AUGUCCGCAGAAAUUCAAAAGGAUAGAGAUGUUAUAUUUGCAAGUCGAGAGUCCGGCGGCGUUGCCUCGAUCGAUCAAGAUGUUGAGAAAGAGGACUUUGAAGACGAAGUUCCGGGACAGGUCGCGAAAAAGUGGCGUGGUACCCGAGCGGAUCAACAGGAUAUGGCAGCAUUAGGGAAGAAGCAGGUUUUGCGCCGAAAUUUCAAAUUUAUAACUAUGUUGGGAUUUGCGAGUACUGCCAUGGCGUCCUGGGAGCUUCUACUACCCCUCUUUACGUUCGUCAUGGUAGAUGGAGGAACGGCCGAUCUUUUCUGGGGUUUUAUUGUUGCUGCUUGCGGCAUGUCGUUGGUCUAUGCUAGUAUUGCUGAAAUGGCCUCGAUAUCUCCGACAGCAGGUGGUCAGUACCACUGGGUCUCAGAAUUUGCCCCUCCAAAAGUCCAGAAGCUCCUUAGUUAUACCGUAGGGUGGCUUUCCGCUAUUGGAUGGCAAGUAUAUCUCGCAGGUGUAUGCUUCAUGAUCGGCGGCAUUCUUCAAGGUCUCAUAGCACUCAACAAAGCUGACUAUGUCUACGAGCCAUUCCACGCAACAUUGCUCGCGAUUGGUGUUGUAACCUUCUCGGUUGUGUUCAACACUUCCCUGGCUGAACGUUUACCAUUAAUUGAGGGUAUCAUUUUGAUUCUUCAUUUAAUUGGCUUUUUCGUUAUCAUAAUUCCGCUUUGGGUCAUGGCACCUCGUGCCGAUGCAAAUACCGUUCUCAUGAACUUCAGUAAUGAUGGUGGAUGGUCUUCUAAGGGGCUAGCAGCCAUGAUUGGCCUAACGAGUCCAAUGAGUGUGUUGAUUGGUUAUGAUUGCUCCGUGCAUCUAGCUGAGGAAAUUCAGGACGCAUCCUGGGUGGUACCAAGAGCCAUAAUGUGGUCGGUGGGCCCCAACGCUACUAUGGGAUUCCUUAUGGCAGUGACUUUAAUCUUCACCCUGGGAGAUCUCGACGCCGUUCUGAAUACUGUGACUGGUCAGCCUUUCAUGCAAGUAUUCUUCAAUGCAACCCAAAGCUACGCAGCCACAAACGUUAUGUGCAUUGUCGUAGUCAUCCUCCUACUUUCCUGCUGUAUCAGUGAAGUUGCCGCCGCAUCACGACAGAUUUGGUCAUUUGCUCGCGAUGGAGGUCUACCAGGUUCGAACUGGUUGUCGCAGGUAUCGCCCGGGUGGAAUAUCCCGCUUCGCAGUGUCUGCGUCUCGAUUGCCGUUUCGUCCCUCCUUUCUCUCAUCAACUUAGGAUCUUCCGUGGCACUCAACGCCAUCAACUCGCUUGGCGGUGUUUCAAUUCUGUGUUCUUAUUAUAUCACCAUCAGCUGUCUGAUUUGGCGCCGUAUGCAGGGACCGCUCCCUUCACAUCGGUGGUCCCUCGGCAAAUACGGCAUGGCAAUUAACAUUGCUUCUUUGUGUUUCUUAACGCCCAUUACAUUUUUCUCGUUCUGGCCUCUACAAACACCCGUUACCGCCCAAAAUAUGAACUGGUCGAGUGUAAUGUUUGUAGCGACAUUGUCUGUAGCAUUGAUUUACUAUUAUUUCAAGGCAAGGCAUGUGUACACUGCACCUGCGCUUGCGAUUAAGAGAAGGGAAUGA